GAUCGUUUGGCUACCCCUUCCCUCCGCCCCGCUCUAUGGGAUUUAACAUGGGAUUACAACUUAAUUUCGAUAAUCUGUGUCUUCUUCCACAAAAUGUUCUCAACGAAAAGUUGGGCAAAAACUUGGAUACAAUGCAUUAUCGAGAUGUUAUCAUUCAAUUAAGCAAAAAACUGGACGAAUUACCAGCAAAUGGUUUCAAUGAUGAAUUUGAUUCUUCUGAAAGCAAAGUUUGAAUCGUUUGAUUAAGAUUUCGCUUUUAUCUCUAACUUUCACGUCUUGUAAUAAUUAAAUACAAAUUAUUUUUUAAUUAACAUUUGUUUUAAUAUUUGAUAUACAAAACACAUUUAUAUUGGUUUUAUAAUUGAAACAUAAAAAUUUAUUCAAAUAAAAGCAAAUCCGGCGGAAAGAUUUUGAAAUGAA